AUGUAUGACAAUGAAAUUCUUGAAAUAUUAGGUGUUCCAAUAGCUCCUAUCUCUAUGGCAGCACCCCAGCUGGUUAGUUGGAAGAGACCAGGAAGUGGUACCUCCGGUGGAAGCGAUCUGAUUCGGGAUAGUAGAGGUAAACUGAUUUCCGAUUUUGCUCAUUACCAUGGCGUGGCAACCAACACCUUUGCCGAAUCAUGUGCUCUUAGGGACAGGUUAGCUAUGUGCAAAGAACGGGGAUGGGAGGAUUUUGUGGUGGAGUCAGAUUCUACGCUAAUGGUUAAAUGGGCACAUGAAGGAAAAUGCAUUUUAUGGGACUUGUGGAAAGAUAUUUAUGCCUUGAUUGAAACCAUCCGUGCCAAGAUAUUAAGCAUCUACAGGGAAGGUAAUAUGUCAGCAAAUUACUUGGCAAAAAUGGGAGUUACUGGUAACUCUUUCACCAUGUAA